CCUGUGCUCUUUUGGCCACGUCUUCCAAGAUGGCGGACACCGAUUCACUACAACAGAGCAAUCCUCUAUCAAGAAAAUUAAAUAAAAUCUUGGAAACACGUCUUGACAAUGACAAGGAAAUUGUCGAGGCUCUUCGAGCUCUGUCAACUUUCUUCAGUGAUAAUAGUCUUCGUUCAAGGCGAAACCUCAGAGGAAAUAUCGAGAAACGAAGUUUAUUGAUAAGUGAACAAUUCGAGAGUGCAUUUAGGAAUGUUAAAGAGCAACUUGAUGCUGUACACCAAGAAAUUACAGAUAUGAAUAAUUGUUGCCAGGAAAUGACGAGCAGACUAAAGUCUGCAAGGGAUCAAACUUCUGAUUUAAUCAGUAGUACCACCAAGCUCCAGGCUGAGAGUCACAGAAUUCAAAUGAAAGAAAAAGUAGCCAGUGCUUUCCUAUCAAGAUUUCAGCUUCAGCCAGAAGAAGCCAAGCUAUUGAGAGGACCAAGAAGUAUUCCUGUAAAUGAGAAUUUUUUUGCAGCUUUGACAAGAGCAAAAGAAAUCCAUAAUGAUUGCCGAGUACUUUUGAGAACCAAACAGCAAACAGCAGGGCUUGAAACCAUGGAGACCAUGGCCUUGCAUUUAGAAGCUGGUUAUGAAAAGCUUUAUCGCUGGACACAAGAUGAAUGUAGAGGAUUAACAGGUGAUUUACCUGAGAUAUCAAAAACAUUAAGUAAAGCAAUGGAAUCAUUACAAGAUAGGCCUGUGCUGUAUCAGUAUUGUUUAGAUGAGUAUGGCACRGCAAGACGGACGGCUGUUGUCAGGUGUUUUGUGGAUGCGCUGACAAGAGGUGGACCAAGUGGRACACCUAGGCCGAUUGAACUACACUCYCAUGACCCUAUCAGAUAUGUUGGAGAUAUGCUUGCAUGGUUGCAYCAAGCCAUUGCAUCAGAGAAAGAAAUGCUCCUUUUACUAUUGGACAGAUCUUCUUCUAAAACUCAUGCAUCUGGUGACAAGGAAAAAGAAAAGGCUGUUUUAAGCCACAUUACUGAAGGUGUUUGCAGGCCAUUUAAGGUUCGAGUUGAGCAAGUUAUUGUAUCAGAACCAGGCGCUGUAACAUUAUUUAGCUUGUCAAAUGUGCUUAAAUUUUAUGGCAUGACAAUUGGUGGAAUUUUAGGUGAAGAAGCAGCUGUUAUCAUUACCAUACAAGAAAUGAAUGAAUUGGGAACUAAAAUGUUUUUCAAUAGUCUCAGCUGUCAUUCUGGGAAAUUAUUAGAAAAGAUUGAGCUGCCUCCCCCUGAUCUCGGACCCACUGAAUCUCUAAAGGAUACACUCAGUCUUUUACAGUCUGUUUUGACUUCCCAUGAUGCAUCAGUUGUCCUUCUKGAUGCUCGUCAAACUGACUACAGCAGAAUAAUCUCAUGUCUUGUGGAACCUGCUUUACAAAUGUGUGUAAUGUCAGCAAGUCAUCUCAAUGCUGCUGACAUGGCUGCGUACAUGAUCAACUGCAUCCACCAAAUACACACAACACUUGCUGUUUAUGAAUUUACUGAUAAACACUUGGAGAUGUUGGCUGCACAGAUGGACGCACAUAUUGAUACACUUAUAAGCGAACAGGCCUCCUUCAUCCUGGCGCGUAGUGGACUUGGAAACAUCUACAGGGUUUACCAAGAACAUAAAAUGCAAAAGGUCCCAAUGUCGUCUGUCCAUGGACUUGAUCCACAGACAACCAAGGCAGCUAUGGGAAAGUUUGAUAGCUACCUGUCUUCACCUGACAGUCUUCGCAUGCCUCAAUGUGAACUGUUAAGAACGACACGAUUAAGGGACACUGUACACAAGCGAGCCGUUGAUGCAGUAUG